AUGGACGACGAGGACUCGUUUCCGCAACACAAAUAUGGCUUCACUAAUAUACGUUCGUACAUAGCACUGACCAUAUUCAUAUUGACUUGGAUAUCGACAAGACGUCGUCACUUUGCACAGCCAAGGUCCAUUAUCACUCUGCUCAGUUGUUCUCUCAUGGUUGUACUAACUGUCAUUACCCCUGAGGAAGCUUUCAACGGACUGUAUAGCGAAACGUUGCUUACUAUCAGCGGAUUUAUGAUUAUCAGUUUAUUGUUGGAAGAGAAAGGUUGGAUAGAAAUAAUAAAAAGUGGGUUACUAUGCGGGAAGGAUGUAACUCCGUUGAAAUUCCUGGUCAGAGUAUCAAUAUCAUCUGCCGUACUCAGUGCACUGUUUAUGAGUGACAUAAUGGUCGUUUUGUCACCAAUUGUAUUUGCCAUUUGCGAGGAAAAUGGUUUGACAUUUGAGCCUUACCUGAUCGCUUUGACAACUUCGGCCAAUAUCGGAUCUGCUGCUACUGUGAUUGGCAAUGCAAAGAAUCUAAUCAUUAACGACCUUGCGGAACCGGAGUUUUCGUUUAGCAAAUUUUCUCAAUAUUUAGGCCCGCCAUCUAUAGUGGGGACAAUUCUAAACACUCUUUUCAUUUAUUUAUCUUAUCGUGAUAAGUUAGAUAGCAUUCCUCUCAAACAAUACAUUCCCAAAAGGACAAACCGGCUUCCCGAAUCAGCUCUCAACGACAGUCCGUAUGCAGGAACAUCAACAAUCACAGAGAAUGCUCGUAGACACACGUUUUCUGAAUUAGAUUCAGAUGAAGAGAACGUUAUGUUUAUGAUUGAAAAUAAUGAUGCAUCGGGAGAUGAUGACAGAGACAGUAUGGAGGACCUUUCGGAUAACGAGGGUGAAACAGAAUAUCUGUUUAGCAAAUCAAAAGAUCCAAGACUGCAACCAUUAUACACAGAUACAUUUACGUCAUCGCCAGAAACACUUCCUCCACCAAUGAAUUAUUCACAUGAGAUACCAGUACCAAUGUAUGAUGAACAGCGAGAUGGACCAUAUGCAAUAAGAAGAGAAACAAAACCAAAUCAGGCGUCACUCACUCGAUUCAUAUGGACAGCUCCACCAUUAUCACGUGAAAAUCGCGUGUUUCCUCAACUACAUAUUGCAUCUAUAUUCAAAGGUACAAAUAUACACAAGAGAAUAGAUUUUACUCGUAAAAUGUUCGCUGAUGAAGAAGUAGUGAAGAAGACUUUGUUUCUGAUAAUCAUACUGGGAAUGUAUAUUGGAUAUUUCGUUGGUGAAAGUGUCGGCUUUACAACGAUCACGGGCGCAAUAAUAUUGUUGAUGAUAGAUGGAAGAGACGCAAGAGGCGUAUUCGAAAAAUUAAAUUGGAAUCUGUUGAUAUAUUUAGUUGGGAUGUUUGGGAUUAUACAAGGGUUGAUGACUACUCCAUUUCCGGAUCUCUUCUGGAAACAUUACGGAGCAAACAUUAUUAAGCCUGAAGAAGAUCCAAAAUUUUUGUUGUCCAUAAUUACAUUCUCGGUAUUGAUUACCGUAUUAUGCUAUGUAUUCGGCUCUGUACCUACCGUAUUGUUGGUUGCUCCGUAUAUUCCGAGUAGUGUUCCAAGCUGGUUGCGUAAUGAUGCGUGGUUGUUAUUUGUAUGGGGUAUAGCAAUAUAUGGUAAUUUCACGGCAACGAGUAGUAGUGCUGGAAUGAUAGUUACUGCAGCUGCAAAGACACAUCUCGUAUCCACACCAAAUGUGCGCCCAUACGAGUUUCGCGUAUGGGGAAAGUAUUCAAGCUGGUCAACCAUUAUCAUAUUUGUUGUCGGCAUGUUGAUUAUAAUACUAAGGCUCUAA